AUGUCAAAGCAUCUGGCCCAAGCCCGAAAGGCGGUGGCCAUCACCAAUGAUGUCAAUACUCUUGCUAAUGUCAAAGCAUCUGGCCCAAGCCCGAAAGGCGGUGGCCAUCACGGCCACAACUUCAAUGAUGUCAAUACUCUUGCUAAUGUCAAAGCAUCUGGCCCAAGCCCGAAAGGCGGUGGCCAUCACAGCCACAGCUUCAAUGAUGUCAAUACUCUUGCUUAUGUCAAAGCAUCUGGCCCAAGCCCGAAAGGCGGUGGCCAUCAGGGCCACAGCUUCAAUGAUGUCAAUACUCUUGCUAAUGUCAAAGCAUCUGGCCCAAGCCCGAAAGGCGGUGGCCAUCAGGGCCACAGCUUCAAUGAUGUCAAUACUCUUGCUAAUGUCAAAGCAUCUGGCCCAAGCCCGAAAGGCGGUGGCCAUCAGGGCCACAGCUUCAAUGAUGUCAAUACUCUUGCUAAUGUCAAAGCAUCUGGCCCAAGCCCGAAAGGCGGUGGCCAUCAGGGCCACAGCUUCAAUGAUGUCAAUACUCUUGCUAAUGUCAAAGCAUCUGGCCCAAGCCCGAAAGGCGGUGGCCAUCAGGGCCACAGCUUCAAUGAUGUCAAUACUCUUGCUAAUGUCAAAGCAUCUGGCCCAAGCCCGAAAGGCGGUGGCCAUCAGGGCCACAGCUUCAAUGAUGUCAAUACUCUUGCUAAUGUCAAAGCAUCUGGCCCAAGCCCGAAAGGCGGUGGCCAUCAGGGCCACAGCUUCAAUGAUGUCAAUACUCUUGCUAAUGUCAAAGCAUCUGGCCCAAGCCCGAAAGGCGGUGGCCAUAAGGGAUGUUGUUAAUGAUCCAGCUUUUUAAUGUUUAGACAAUUAUCGCUUUUAACACAGUGAAUAAAGAGCGAUUUUAUUAAUAUGAAACAACUUAUAUUUUUCAUAAAA